AGAAAAAUGAGUGGAAUCACAGACCAAAAUUGUAAAAAAUUAUUCAUUGACACGCAUUGAACAUAACAUCCCCAAAAACGUAACAUUGUUUACAGAGAAAAAAACUGUUAAAUUGAUUUCAAACAAUUUAUUUCACUAGUUAAUAGAAACGUUUACAUUCCAUGACGGUAUUGAGAUUUUUUUUCAAAACUCCAUUGCUUAUAUCGUCUUGUGUUCUAAUUUAUUGGAUAUCUUUUAUGAUGGUGACAUGCAAUUUAGUCUCUUCGCCGUCCAACACGUCAGUAGAUAUUGUCUUAGGUACACAGCUGCGUUAUUUGUAACAAAUAAAAAUGAUAUAACUCAAUAUUAUUUCUCAAGCGUAAGUGAACCACUUGACAUAACAGAUAAAGAGUUUUCAAUGUUUGUCAUGUAUUUAAAGCAUAGAUUGAAAAAGAAACUAUUGACGGAUGUAGCGCUACAACAACAAGUUGUCGGAACCUGUGCAAAAACAAUUUGUGGAAUAUUUCAUCAUCAUGUGUAUGAUCCCAUAGAAAAUCAAUGCAGGUCAUUUAAACACAAUUUAGAAAGCGAAUUAAAAUCCAAACCGUACUUUGAGUUAACACGAGCUGGCCGUAAAACGCUAGCUAAACAGCCUGUUUAGCCGUUAGGCUACGAUUUCGGGAAACUGGUAUUGUGACAAAAUUACUUUUAUCAAAUCAUUGAAAAAAAAAUUUUAUUUUAUUUCACGUUGUGACAAGAAAAACACAAAGUUUUAGAAGAGAAUUAUACUAAGACUUUUUGCUUGCAGUUUGCGCAAAGUCAAACAAAUUCCUUUUAUUUUUCCUUAAAAAAAAACAUAAUGAUGCAUUGCUCACUCGUGCCAAUGGCUUGGUUUUAUUCUUCAAAUUACAAAUAUUGAAAGAGUUAUAAUUGUUUCUUCUUACUUUGCUGUUCAUUGAAGACGUUAAAUGAUUGCAUUUUUUAAUGCAAGACUUUAAAAACGAAUGUGCCUUGGUUAACUGGCGUUAAACGAUCCACUUGUUUGUCAUCCAUCGGAAACGUUUGAUGAAUGAUACCAUCAACCAAGGCGUAUAAGGGGGAAAACUUGUUCGAAGCAGGCCCUAUUCAAUUGUCUGAGAGUUGUCAAGAAAUACGCUGAACUAAAUCAUACUGAUGCGUCGCUUCAACUACGAUGAAACUCUAUGUUUCAUUGAAUGUUUCCUUGGGUAAUAUUCUGUGUAGAAGAAGGAUGAAAUUUUAAAGGCUGCCGCAUGGUGUAAUGGUUUUCUGAUUGCAGUACCAUAUAGGUUUUGAAACAUUACGAACAGUUGGUCGUUGUAUAUGUUGUAUUUAAUAAAACUGGCUUAAAGAAUGGGUCAAAAAAAAGUGGUAGGCGGGAUGCUGAUUUUCUAGAAAUUGUAUAGAACAGUUCGAGUUUUGCAUUUUUUCUUUUAAAAAUCACCGUUUAGAAUUUUUUUUUCAAUCUCUGUUUGAUUAAAUGUUACAAUACGCUUUGGUGAUGCUAAGUGUUAUGUCUAGACAAAGAAUAGGUGUAUUGCUUUUUUAAAACAGUUAUAUGAUUUGAUUUAAAAAAAAAAAAUGUAGCUAUUUCGAUUUAAAAUUUAUAAAU